AGCGGUGACAGACUCCAAGAGCACAGGGGACCCAAAGAAUGCCUGGCCAGAGGCCAAACCAGCUGACACCAUGGGUCGCCCCCACUUAAUCCGCCUCUUUUCCCGAGAUGCUCCAGGAAGGGAAGACAACACCUUCAAAGAUCGGCCCUCGGAGUCAGAUGAGCUUCAGACCAUCCAAGAAGACAGUGCAGCAGCUUUGGAAGGCUCAGAGUUGAUGGCUUCACAGAAAAGAUCUUCUCAGAGACACGGAUCAAAAUACCUGGCAACUGCAAGUACCAUGGACCAUGCUAGGCAUGGAUUCAACCCGAGGCACAGAGACACGGGUAUACUUGACUCACUGGGCAGAUUCUUUGGAGGUGACAGGGAUGUGCCCAGGAGGGCCUCAGGCAAGGAUCUCCAUCAUGCAACAAGAGCUGGCCAUUAUGGCUCCCUGCCACAGAAGUCCCAGCAUGGCCGCACUUAUGAUGACAACCCUGUAGUUCACUUCUUCAAGAACAUUGUGUCACCUCGGACACCACCUGCAGGACAAGGAAAGGGAGCCGAAGGGCAGAAGCCAGGGUGUGGAUAUGGAGGAAGGGCUUCAGACUAUAAAUCAGCUCACAAGGGAUACAAGGGUGCACACCCAGAUGGCCAGGGCACUCUUUCCAAAAUCUUUAAACUGGGAGGAAGAGAUAGUCGAUCUGGAUCACCCAUGGCUAGACGCUGAAGUUCUUCAUUGUCUUUACAGAAUUAUGUACUUGGCUUCUUAAUAUAACUGCCUUAAAUUUUUAAUAAUAGUCGCAUAAAUUACCUAGAUAGACAAGCAAUUUCUCACCUAAUGUCUAUUGAGUUGUGCAUGCAGUAGGUAGAGCCAGACAACAUCCCACUGGCAAUUUCUGGCCAACAGUUGAAUGGAACGGGAAAAUAAGAAACACAAAGUAGCUUUAAGUGCUUUUUUAUGUUUUAAAAUAAAAUAACAGAUUCCUCAGAGUAUUCAUUCCACUUCAGAAGGCCCCCUUCCGCACCCAGAAAUACUUUGGUCUUCAUUUUAUCAAAGCUCAUUCCAUCAAAUUUCUCCGUCUUUGGAUUUCUUUCUCACUGACCCAAAUGCCUCCGAAUGGCACCACAGAACCAAAGCUUUUGUUCCUGAGCACUGCCAGUGAAGACAUGCCACUGUGGAAAACACAUGUGCAGAGUUGGUAUGGACUGUUGAUCCAAGCUUACUUUGUUUUUCUUUUAAUGCCCCAUUCUCUCACCUCAAGGACACUUUAUUUUUUCAUAACAGGAUUAGGCAGUCACAGAGUGGGUUUACAAAUGUUAGGAGCUCCAGGUAUGUGAAAUGUGGGACAGGGCAGCUGUUAACAGUUUUAAUGUGAUAGAGAAAAGAGGGGGAAGGAAUUCCUUCUAGAGUCGCGUUUGCUCAUCACACCCAAAAAAUUUGAAUUCGCGUGUGUGGCAGAGAAAGGGAAAGGACGUCAAACUAGGGCUGGGCUAUUGCCUCAAAACAGGAAACAAAAGGAAUUUCCCAGCAAAAUGGACAAUUCUGAGUGUACACGUGGCCACUGGAUGUCACUGCUGCUCCACACAGGCAAAGAUAUCAUAGUAUUUCUUUAGCAGUAAUAAAACCAAGAAGGCUAGUUUCCUGUAAUAAAAUCAAGAAUUCUAGUUUCCUGCAAUAAAACCAAGAAGUCUAGUUUCCUAAAGGAAGCCCGCUCGCUAGCUAGGAGAUUUUUAGAUAGUUCUGCACAUCUCACAGUAGCACUGAUAGUUUUCUUGUUGGCCUGGCAGUGUCCAGCUGGUAAGCUGCUCUGAAACCAUAAAACCAGUCCCAGAUUUUUAACGGCAGUGCAUAAUAAGCCAGUCCCCAGUUACUGUGAAAACCUGACUACUAUAGUUGCCUCCUAGAAAUAAACUAGAAAUAAUGAAUUAGACAUAGACAUGUAACUAUACAUGAAUAUACUGACCUAUCCACAUAUGGUCUGGAAAGCACCAACCAUAUGAAAAGAAUUUAAAAAAAGCAAAAGCUCUUCUGAAUUGCACUCUUUUUCUAACUUAAAUAAGCCAAAUGUUUCUUAACAUGAAUUCUAAUGUAUUGAUUGAUCCAGAUAUUUUUGUUCUAGCAUAUCCUUUAUAGCCAGCACUAGAGCAUCCACUGUUGGCAUCCAGCUUUCUUUAAUGUUAAUGGGUAUCAAGAAUAGCCAAUGUUAAUGACUCAAUGCAUUGUUUUUAAUUCUCAUUGACUUUGACAUGUUUAGUGUCAUUUAACGUGAUGUCUGUUAACACGUAGCAAUGCAUGAAGAGAGGGUAAGGAAAAACAGGAACAAAGUUAAGGAGAAAAAAAAAAGCCUCCAAAUUGUUCAGCAAAAAAAAAAAAAAAAAUUCUAUCUUUGAGCUAGGUUGCUGGAUGUAUUUUCUCUCUGUAGAUGUGUUUUCUCUCUGUAGCUUCACCCCAAAAGUCAACUCUGCAAUAUAGUUGAGUUUAAAAGUCUACAUUGUGCUCAAAAGUGGAAAAAUCUUAAACUUUUAAAAAUGAUCAAAAUAAAAAUAAUAAACGUUUAA